AUGACCCAUCUGAACCAAAGAAAGAACCCUCUGGAAGUGAAGCCGAAAAGGACAAAUACGAUCCCUGCGAUAGCCACCUGGAACUGUGUGAGCUCAGCCCUCCUGCUGUUUGACAAAACUCACCCAAAACCAUGUGACCUACAACACGAUGAUACAAAAAGGAAAGCUGUUGUAAAGGUUUCGAAAUUGGCCCUUGAAGAAAUGAUUACCAUAUUGGAAAAUGGACCUAAAACAAAAGAAAGAAUAAUGGCAUUAGAGGUGGAACAAAGAAUCAUAAACGACAAAGGAAUGCCCUGGUACUUAUCUCUGCUUCAAUCGGCCUCGAUGACAUUCGAUUCUGGUGGAAACUUGUUUCCUGUUAUUUAA